CAGAACUACUCCAUCCCCGACCCCCGUCUCACCGACCUCGGCAUCCAGCAAUGCGGCCAGCUCCGCCACAACCUCUUCCAGCGCUUCUCGUCCUUCCAGGGCCGCAUCGCCGUCGUUGCGAGCCCCAUGACGCGCACGCUGCAGACGGCCAGUUUGGCGGCCGAUUGGCUUGUUGAGCGCGGUAUCAAGAUUGAGGCGGACGCCGAUUGGCAGGAACUCUCAGCGAAGCCCUGCGACACAGGCACUCCCCUCUCCUACCUCCCCCUCAUCAAAGACAACCAGACCAAACACCAAUUCUCAUCCCCCUGCUACGACUUCUCCGCCGUAUCGCCUCUCUGGCCGGACAAGACCACGUCUCCCGCCGCUAGAGAUCUCUUCGGCUACACCCGCUCUGCAGUUCUGCGCCGCGGCCGCCGCGCUCUCGAGAAGCUGAGCAAGAGACCAGAGGACCUGAUCUUUGUGUUUUCGCACUCGGCGUUUUUGAGGUCGGGGGUCUCGGGGUGGUGGUAUUACAAUGCGGAUUACCGCAUCUUUACGUUUGAUGAGCAACUAGGGCUGAAGAUUGAUGAGUCGACGCUGGAAGGGGGCAUGGGAUGGUCGUGGAAUAAGAGGGCUGAGCUGGGCAGUGAGGUUCCGGAGGAUGUGGAAGAAGUAGUU